CUGCUCUACUACCUUCAAAAGAAGGACAAGACCGGGAUUGAGAACAGGUACUUCGACCUCCUCCUCGUUCCCAUCGCGAUUUGCAUCUUUUCAACUCUUCUCGAAUUGAAACAAUCUGGGUCAGAAUCAGAAUCGAGUUGCUACCCGAGAUUGGGCCGUGGGUUCGGGUUGAUUCUGCAUGGGAUGUGGUUUGUGCAAAUGGGGAUUUCCUUUUACUCCAAUUUGAUUGUUCAGGGAUGCCAUUUGCGAGCCAAGAGUAGAGGGAACUAUACCAUAGCUUGUAAAGGCCAUCCCGAGUACCAUAGGGCUAAUGGGAUUGCUACACUUCAGUUUAACUGCCAUCUAGCGUUGAUUAUGGUCUUGGCUUCUGCUUUGUACUCGAGUAUCGUGAAGAAGAUGGGUGGUUACUGCGGUGGUGAUUCGGAGAGAAGAAACUAUAAGCCUCUAGGUGCUACUGCAGAAAUGGUGCAGAUGGAAAGUGGUGGUGGAACGUUUACUCUGGAGUCUGAUGACGAUGAAAUUAGAGAAGAGGAGAAUGGGAACAAGGAGUUGAGAGUAGGAGCUAAUGGUUAUGGUUCUCAUGACUAA